AUAUCCUGCAUCGCGUUGGAGUAUUAUCUGUGAAACAUCGAUACCCCAAUGUAGAUGGCAGCACAUUUAAGCUGUAUUCAGUUUUAGUUACCGCCCGUGUCCGGGCUGAUAUGCCUGUGUGAAAGUGUUUAAUAUUCGAAAUUCGAACAAUAAAAAAACGCGCGUUGUCGACCCGUGCCUCUAUAAUACAACCAUGAAUAAAAACAUUAAAAUACGACAAUAGAGGAAUAAUAAACGUAAAAUUUUAUUGUCAAUAAAAAUUGCACACUGUAUGGCGUAAGAUUGUGAGAGACAUAAAGAGACUGAAAUGAAAUCGCUAUGCGUGGUAUAAAUUAAUAAUAAAUAAUUGAAUCCUGGCUGAAUGUGACGUUUGUCGUGUGCGUGGGGUAGUGGUGGAUAUUUUAUAAUAAUUAUGAUUAUUUAGAAUAGACACCUUUAUCAUGUAAUGAACGUGCGCGGAGUUUUCAAUGAAAUUGUGAUUCUCAUUUUUAUUAUGAGUGAAUGAACUCAAAUCCAAAAUACACCUAGGACAACAUUAGUGAGGUAAACAGUGCAUACUCAAGGCAGCAGUCUGGCUAAUGAACAAUAAGCUAUGGUCAUGGAACAUGCGCCCCAGUGGCGGACUGAAGGCAGAGAUUUGGUCGCCAACAUAACCUCAUUUUAACGUCAAUUGGGAAAGCGCGCCAAAAUGUAUCAGUGUUGCCAUAGUUGAAUUUUAAAAAAAUUGGUGUAUUAUAUGUUAGUAUUUUGGGUGAUUGGAAGACAAGAUGGCGACGCCGCCCGAGUCCCCGGUGGAGGAGCACGCAUAUGAGUUGGAGCCGAGCAGAACUCCCAAACCCAUCCCUGUUGCGUUAGAGGAGCUGUGUCGCCAGACUAAGUUCUCUAAGCAGGAGAUCAGGGUCAUGUACAGAGGAUUUAAGACGGAAUGUCCUGAGGGCGUCGUCCAAGAAGACUCGUUUAAGGAUAUCUAUGCCAAAUUUUUCCCUCACGGAAACUCGGCACUCUAUGCCCACUAUGUGUUCAGAGCGUUUGACGUCAACUGCAGCGGCGCUAUCAGCUUUAGAGAGCUGUUGGUAACCCUGUCGACUCUGCUGCGUGGUUCAGUGUACGAGCGUCUACGCUGGGCGUUUAGGCUGUAUGACGUGGACGGAGAUGGAGCCAUCACCAGGCAGGAACUGGCUGAAGUGGUUGUAGCUGUCCACGAGUUACUAGGCAGGCGGGCGCCUCCAGGAUCACCAGCGGCAAGGCUGGACGACGCAAAAGCUAAUGAGCAGGUGGAUCGCGUAUUCAGGAAACUAGAUUUGAACCAAGACGGCGUGAUAACGAUCGAGGAGUUCCUGGAGUCCUGUUUAAAGGACGACGUUAUCACGCGCUCGCUGCAGAUGUUCGACACGGCACUAUGACGUCAGACUGACGAAGCGCGCGCGCCACCCGCCCCUAGGAGCAUAAAGAAGCGCGCGCCGUACCGUAUAAUGCGCUGUCAGUGCGCACGCGCCGGCGACGCGGGGAUCCUGUCCAAUAUGGCGGCCGCGUGGCGUUCCCGCGCGCUCUCCUACCUGCGGCACUACGCCGCGUUCGAACACUUCUACAACGACGUCGUCAAGCCCAAGAUUCGGAGCGUCAUGUUUUUCCAUUUCUGAACUCCAAGGAGCAUGAGAGUUCUCGUCAUUUUAUCUGAUCUCGGUACACUCACGUGGUCUGUCGUUUUUGGUAUUUGGCAAAUAUUUUUUGCCAUAGUUAUUGUACAACUUAACUCCGGCAUGAGGUUACAAUGUGCCAAUCCUUUGGAAUUGAUCCAGAGCAUGUCAGCAAUUACUUACUUUGUCAUCCUAAUUAUCUUGCAAUCUUAACUCUAGGGUUAAGAGUCGUGCAAGAAGGUCCUCAUAAGAAGUCAUGAGUAUAUUAGUAAACUUUUUGGGACUAAUAUUAUGCUUAAAAUUCUAAUGUAUGUGGUAAAGGGCCGAAUCGUCCUGAUUAAAAACCACAACAAAAUAUUUGUAAGUUUUUCUCUUUCGAGUCGUGCGUCGAUCACGACUGAUCAUUUUCUUGAUCGAUGUCGUAUUUGGACUUAAGUGAAUUUAGGUGGGGCUUAGCCGUGGUUACCUAAGAAUACAUAGCGUGUUUGUAAAGCGUAUAAAAACAUACAUACACUACAAGUACGAUAUGUAACUGCGGUAAGUGUUUCAGCAAGUUAGUAAACGAUUUUUUUUUUCAGGGAAAGUUGUUUAUUACUUAUUUUCGUCAAAAACUACAGAAACGAUUGACCACGUCACAGUACUUUUAAAUUAUCAAAUAUGUUAGAAUAUGAAUGUAACCUCGAGCCCAGAGUUACCUAAAGAAAUUGGUGUAUAAAAAGAAAUUUGAGCUUUUUUGCAUUUUUCUUUACAAAAUCAUACGACUGAGCUUUUACGAUUUCAAUAAGCCGGGGUUUUCACGACGGCUCAGCUGUCGAGUCCAGCUUUGCGUGGGAACAGGUUUAUUUAAGAAUUUUAUAUGAAAAACGUUAAAUUGUUUUAAUUUUUCAAUAAAAAGAACCACAGGGUAAUCAUCCGCUCCUCAAUCGGUGAAAUAAUUAAUUUUAAAGAAUUUUUACAGAUAAAAAAACUUUUGGAUGCGCUUACCAAGAUAAUAUUUUUCUAGAUAGGUUUUUUUGCUUUGUAUCCGAAUUUGAAAUCGUUGACUGCCUCAAUAUCGCUCAUAAAUUCAUUGACAUGUCCAUUUCCUGUGAGCAAUGCGCGGCCACAUUGUGCAGUGUUAGGAGAUUUUUAACCCUGUUUUAUUAUUAUAACUAUUUUCUUGGGUCGUUUGUGACCCAACUUUUUUUGGGUUGUGUCACUUUGCAGUCAGGUGACAACGAUUAUUAUAAUCCAUAAUUCGCAUUCAUUUUACACUUUAUUUUCAUGAGUUAGUAAUCAAAAUCAUUCAACCAUUUCGGCUGUAAAAAAUUACGUUAUAAAUACAAAAAAUAAGUAUUUAAGUAAUUGUCUUGUAUGUGCUGCCUGGGUCAAAAAUAGCCUUUAUGUGGAGGGAGUGCAUAAUUUUUCGUGUGGAUUAAUUACAUUUUGACCCAUUCAAUUCCCAUACCUAGUUGUCGGUGCGUUUUACUGCACACACACAAUAAUCUCAAAUACAUUGUGUUUUUAAAUUAACGUGACGAACAUGCUACAAGAACGAAAUUUUAAAGUGUGACACAAAAGAUAUUAAACCAGUAAAAAAAAUAUUACAAAAUUAAUAAUUUAAAUAACUGUUUCUUGAUAAUUAUUGUUCUUUAGUUUCGUUCAUAGACAAGUCCUAUCUAUAUCCAAAGGCAGUGAAAAAGAGACUGAAAGACGCCAUAAACUGGCUCUAUUGUGGUAGAGUUCAGUUGCGAUGCUUCAGAGAUUUGGAACCUCAUUCAUCGAUACACGUGGGCAUCAUAAUUAACAAUAUCAUAUUUUUUCUGUCCUUACGCUAUUUUAACGUUACGUCGACGAAACGUUUUCGAUGCCAAUGUGUCAAAAGGAUAUUUUAUUUUUAUGGAAUCAGCCUCUGUAGGUUCUUAACAUGUAUCCUUGAAAACGUAUGUUAGUUUUUUUUAUUUUGAUAUAUCGAAACAUAGUUAUAUCAUCGUAUCUGCUAAAAUUAAUAAUUGAGUUGAUUUAGUUUUUCAAAGAAAACUAACCACAUAAUUUAUUUAUACAAUAGCUCGUUUGUUUAAUACAGAAUGAACUCUCCAAUAAAAUGUUUUAUACAAUCCAAAUGUUUAUGAAUAGGUUUAUUAAUAUCCUUAUGCUAAGGCCUACGUCAUUAAAGUUUUUCACUGAUGUAAACUAUGGUUUAUCAAAAAAAACUGUUAUCUCAAUAUUAAAGAUUUUUUUUAUUAAAAUAUUUUCUCGGGAAGUUUAAGACAAUGUUAACAAAACUUGACUCAAUUAUACAGUACCAUUUUUCAAUAUCUUUCAACUUCGACAUAACAACAUCAUGUUAAUAAAAUUUAAUCCCCUUCAUCCCAAACGGAAAAUUGAGAAAAUGUUACUAUUACAUUAUUAUUUACCAUGAAAAAAUCGGUGCUUAGUUUUAUAUUCUCUGUAAACAUACAUUGCAAAAGUCCUCAUACUAUUUCGAAAUGUAUAUGAAAACAACCUCACACGAGGGAAAUGAGGCAUGAAUCUGUGUUCUGCGAUAUUGCAAUUGUCUCGUUAAUAGAUGGGUCAUUUUUGACCCACAACAAAAAACAUGCUUGGAAAACAUUUUUGACCCAUCACAGAAAAAAAUUAACAUGCUUGGAAAAAUAAAUGGUCAAUGACAAAUAUUGUUGACGCCGAAACUACCUUUCAUAAUAUAUUACACACUACACCUUGAUUUUUUUGAUACCGUAGGUCAUUAUUUACUUAUAAUCACAUCUAGUUAUAUUUUAUACACAAAUACAUUAACAUAAAGCAAUUUUAAAUCAUAUCAAAGCGCUAUUACUAUGUUUAUUUCAUAGAAUACAAUAAAUGGAUUUAGUAUGUAGCUGUGUUUUUGUGUACCUACGUAUUAUUUUUUCGUGAAGGAGUUUUAAAUAAGUGUAUAAUUUUUCCUUUAUAUUUGCGUGUAUGGUAUUGACAUAUCGAGCCACCGUAGGCUUGUAAAACGAUCUUAGAGAGAAUCAAAAGUAUGUGGGUCUGCUCAUACUGAUAUUAUUGUUAUUAAACCCUCACUAUACAAUAAUUGUUCUAUGUGGUAGAACAUUGUCAGUAGAUUACAUUAUCAUUACAUAUUUACCUGAUAACCAAUAACAUUCAUUCUUUAACCUAUACUGCAGGAUGUCUAUUGACAUCUAAUCAAAGCAAAUUAUAAAAAAUUACCCAAAAUAUAUUCAAUAUAUAAUAUGCACAUAUUGUUUUUCCCAUUAAAAAAAUGCUUAAUUUUACACGUACCCACUUACCUAUACUUGACUAGUAUAUUUCUUUCUAGAGUGUAAAAAUAUUUAGGAAUUAAGUUAGACUUCGUUUUUUUUUAUAAAGUUAGUAAACAUAUCGCUAAAAUAUAGCGUUGAUGAAGCAGAAAAUGUGUCAUAAUCUUUUCACUAAAUGCACAGUUUGUUAAAUCAAAUAAAAUUAUAUGUCACUUUACAAGAAAGCAAUGGAUUGAAUUUAUUGAAUAUCAUCUAUAUUGAGUGCUCUGUAGUUACAAAGAAAACUCUUACGACGGACAUGAUAAUGUAUAGUUUAAAUACAUUUAGAAGUUAUUUUUACAUUUUAAGUUAUAGGUAUUUAAAUACCUCACUUCAAAGAUGUAUUGGUUAUCAUAUUAUGGAUAUGUGAGCACCUAUAACUUUGUGACAUUUAACAAGAAUACUAGCACAUCUGAAUCCAAAGCAAAA